UUGCAAGUCAUCUUAAUGUUGGAUUUGUUUUAUUCUAGCAGUAAAAGCCCAUUUUAAAUGCAAGUAUCUUUUUCUUGUGGACCUUCAACACUAAAUAUUAUUCAAAAGAUUUUACUAAUUGGGCUUCCGAAUACAAUAUUACCUUCAACAAGCACCAGGCUUGAUGAUGAUGACAAAAAUGCAACACGUCACAACGAGCGUAAGUUGUUGUGACGUGUGAUGAUGACAAAAAUCAUCAAAAAUGUUGUGACGUGUGAUGAUGACAAAAAUGCAACACGUCACAACGAGCCUAAGCACCAUCACCCCAUAAGUCCCAGCGUCGGGCGGAAGAGGCUGUCUUUUACCAAGAGCGCGUGUUUUACAAAUCGUGGAAACAUGGACUCCUUCACCACCCCCGUGAGAACUUCGGACUUUGUUUUAGCCCCGAGGGCCUUCGACAAACCGCGGAGAAAGCGCUACCUCAGCGACAGUUCCGAGGAGGAGAAGGGGGCGAUUGAGGGGAGCCCUUUGGCCCAGCCAUUGAUGGAUACCCCGGACCCUGAAACCCAGCCGCUUGUGGGGCCCCGCGAUGAGCAUGAUGGCCUCUUGUUGUCCACCCCCCUGGAGGAGGAAGGUGAUUGCAGCUCGGGGAAGUCACUAGUGGACAAGAUGAACGGAAGAAACAACGCUCAGUUCGAUGAUGCCUUUCUAGAGGACCUGGAGACCCUGGACAGCGUUACACCAAGCAGCGAAGAUGAACCGGGCCCUCCUUGUUUUUGCUCAACGCCGAUACAAAAUGUUGAAGAGGACUCCGAGGAUGACGGCUAUGAGGAGUUUAGGAGGAGGCUUGGCAUGGAACUGACUGAGCCAGUGCCACGUUGUGAGCGUAAAAAAGUCAUGCGGACUAUUUUACGUGUUGCUGUUUAUUCUGUUCUUAAUCACUGUCUUAGGGAAAAGCUUUUUGAAGAUUGUGAGGGCUGUGUCAUAGAUGCACCAGGCCAGCGGCACCAUGACUGUGUGACUUGGACUUCAGUGGAUAUAAACUGCAAGCUCCAGGGCCUGUGUGCUGAGCUGUGCUUGGAAAGCUUAUUAAACACUGUUAUUGCCAUAGGUUAUGCUAUGCAAUGUCUGUGCCUAACCCAAGAACAUUUAGCACAAGGGGUGACCUUGAUAAAUGCUGUGCAAUUCAGUGGAGACCCUGACCAUGUUUUAAAGAAAAUGACCAAACCGGAAGAUGCCUGCUUAGAGCGUUAUAUUGACCGUCUGGUCCGCACAAAAAGUUACAGAACUCUGCUUAAGAAAAAGGCUAUUUGUAAGAAAUCUAAAAGGAUUAAGUUAGAAAAUGGUGAGGGGCCAAACAUGCGAUAUAAAAGUUGGUAGCUGUAAAUUUAAAAAAAAAAAUCUAU